ACUCGCCUGGCUCCGCCCGCAGAUCUCGGGGCGGGUUCUGGGUAAACUUUCCAUCAGUCUUCAUCACGCUCGCAGCGCGCACGGCGGGGAAGGAGAACUCUCUCUCUCUCUGUGUCCGCUUCACAUAACGAGGAAAGGAAAGAAAAUGUCCGGCGUGGCUUCCAGUCUGGCCAAGAAGAGGGCCCUGGCCGCCGGGUUCGGAACCAACGCCAACGCAGUGAAGUACCUGAACCAGGACUUCCAGGCGCUGCGGAGCGGCUGUCUGGGCCAGGCGGAACUUUUCUGCGACCCGACGUUUCCAACCGCGCCCGAGUCGCUGGGCUUCAACGAGCUGGGCCGCAGCUCCCACAAGACCCGCGGAGUCGUCUGGAAGAGACCCACGGAACUGGUCUCCAGCCCCGAGUUCAUUGUUGGAGGAGCGACCAGGACUGACAUCUGCCAGGGAGCUCUGGGUGACUGUUGGCUGUUGGCGGCCAUCGCUUCUCUGACCCUGAAUGAAGACGUGCUGGCCAGGGUGGUGCCCUCCGACCAGGGCUUUGGAGAUAACUAUGCCGGGAUCUUCCACUUCCAGUUCUGGCAGUUUGGGGAGUGGGUGGAUGUGGUCAUUGACGACCGUCUGCCUGUCAAAGAUGGAGAGCUGAUGUUUGUCCACUCAGCAGAGGGAAGAGAGUUCUGGAGCGCUCUGCUGGAGAAAGCCUAUGCCAAGGUGAACGGCUGCUAUGAGGCACUGUCUGGAGGCUCCACCACCGAGGGUUUUGAGGAUUUCACUGGAGGAAUCGCUGAGAACUAUGACCUGAGAAAACCUCCUUCAAACAUGUUCAAUAUCAUUAAGAAGGCCCUGGAGUCGGGAGCCCUGCUGGGCUGCUCCAUAGACAUCACCAGUGCUGCAGACUCGGAGGCGGUCACUCGUCAGAAGCUGGUGAAAGGCCAUGCCUAUUCACUUACAGGAGCUGUGGAGGUGAAUUAUCGCGGUCGGAGGGAGAAGCUGGUGAGGAUGAGGAAUCCCUGGGGUCAGGUGGAGUGGACUGGAGCAUGGAGCGAUGGGUCGUCUGAGUGGAGCCAUGUGGAGGGAGACUGUCCGCACGCCAGUGCAGAGGAUGGAGAAUUUUGGAUGUCUUUCAGUGAAUUUCUGAGACACUACUCUCGCAUCGAGAUAUGCACCCUGACCCCCGACACCCUCACAGACGACUCGGUCAAACACUGGAGCGUCACCAAGUUUGACAGCAACUGGAGAAGAGGAUCCACAGCCGGUGGCUGCAGGAACAAUCCCUACACAUUCUGGAUGAACCCUCAGUUUGUCAUCAAGCUGGAGGAAGAGGAUGAUGACCCAGACGAUGGAGAAGUGGGCUGCAGCUUCGUGGUGGGUCUGAUCCAGAAAAACCGCAGACGCCUCAGAAAGGCCGGAGAGGACAUGCACACCAUCGGCUUCGCCAUCUACGAGGUUCCACAACAGUUCCAUGGGCAGAGGGAGGUUCACCUGGAUAAGAAUUACUUCAUGACGCACGCCCAGACGGCACGCUCCGAGACCUUCAUCAACCUGCGGGAGGUCAGCUCGCGUUUCAAACUGCCGCCGGGGGAAUACCUGAUCGUCCCCUCCACCUUCGAACCACACCUCAACGGAGACUUCUGCAUCCGUGUCUUCUCCGAGAAACAGUCUGAGACCCUGCCCUGUGACGAUCCUGUCAGUGCUGAACUAGAAGAUGAAGUGGUUUCUGAUGAGGACGUGGACGCUGGAUUCAGAGGCCUGUUUACCAAGCUAGCUGGAGAUGAUAUGGAGAUUUCUGUGGUGGAGUUGAAAACAAUUCUGAAUAAAAUAGUCGCCAAACGAACUGACAUCAAAACUGAUGGCUUCAGCAUGGAAACCUGCAGGACCAUGGUCAACCUGAUGGACGACAGCGGAAAUGGGAAGUUGGGUCUCGGAGAGUUUGCAACCCUCUGGAAGAAGGUUCAGAAGUAUCUGGCGAUCUACAAGAAGAGUGAUCUGGACAACUCUGGGACGAUGAGCACGCCUGAGAUGCGCAUGGCUUUAAAGGAAGCAGGUUUCUGCCUGAACAACACUAUUUACCAGAUGCUGGUGGCUCGGUAUUCAAAUCCGGACAUGACCAUGGACUUUGACAACUUUGUGGGUUGUCUGAUGAGGAUGGAAAUGAUGUUCAGAAUCUUUAAGAAGGUGGACGCCCAUGACAGCGGCUCCAUAGAGCUGGACUUCCACCAGUGGUUAGAGUUUACGAUGAUCUAGUGACUCCUCGGUGGUCGUCCAGAAGCCGGCUCCGUUACAAGUAUUAAAAUAUUAUAUCGCAGUUCUCUUCACAAACCAAAGCUUUUCUAUCCUAUUUGUCAUACAUUUUAUACGUGUGUGUAUUUUUCUGCAUCUGAUGAUAUGAGAUAUAUAUAUAUAUAUAUAUAUAGGUCCUGGGUUCGAACCCCAGACCAUCCCAGGUCCUUUCUAUGUGGAGUUUGCAUGUUCUCCCAGUGUCUGCGUGGGUUUCUUCCCACCAUCAAAAAGACAUGCAUGUUAGGGUUAAUACUCCUGCCUGUGCCCCUGAGCAAGGCAGUGGACAGAAGAAGGGGAGUUGGUCCCCGGGUGCUGCAGCUGCCAGUGCUCCUAUACAAUAAGAUGGUUACACGCAGACAACACAUUUCAUUGUAAGAACACAAUGUAAAAUAAAGUGUCUUUCUUCUUCAUAUCUAUGGUCUACAUGGUUUAUAUGAUCUAUAUGUUUUAUAUGAUCUAUAUGGUUUAUGGUCUAUAUCAGGGGUGUCAAACUCCAGGCCUCGAGGGCCGCAGUAUCUGCAGGUAUUUGUUGCAACCGUGCACUACACCACCUGAUUAAACUAAUUAGCUCACCUCCUGGAUCAAGGAGGGAAAGGAACUAGUUUAAUCAGAUGGUGUAGUGCAUGUUUGCAACAAAUACCUGCAGACACUGCGGCCCUCGAGGCCUGGAGUUUGACACCCCUGGUCUAUAUGAUUUAUAUGAGCUAUAUGGUUUAUAUGAGCUAUAUGGUUUAUAUGAUUUUUAUGAGCUAUAUGGUUUAUAUGAGCUAUAUGAUUUAUAUUGUUUAUAUGAUCUAUAUAAUUUAUAUGAUUUAUAUAACAUGAUGUGAACAAUAAAACUCCACAAACGUUUCAA